AUGAUUUGUAUAAUGAUCGUGCUAAAUUCUGUGUUACUUCUUACCCGAAUACAGUCUGUGCCAUUUAUCUUUAAAGGAACUUUCUGUGCAUCGACAAGUAGUGCUUCCGAUGAUGUUUGUUCGAAUGGUACCUUCUGGUUACAUAUGUGUCCUUUUUUCAUUGUGGCAGUAUUGACUCUUUUAGCUUUGAUUAUUGGCCUCUGUCAAAAGGUUGUUGGUAUCAUUCUUGAUAUUAUCGCUGCCUUGUUGCACAUUGGUGUAAUUGUUUAUUAUAUCUUGUUCAUUAUUAAGGGUGACACUUACAAAACUGUUAUGGAUGCAAACAUUGUCUUACAAAUUGUUCCACCAAUUUCUUUGUGUUUGGCAACUGUUGCUUGUAUUGUAUGUAUGUUUGAUUGUUGUAGACACGUCUAUGCCACUAAAUUUGGUGGUGGAAAGGGAGGCAGUGGAGAUUCUUCUGCUGACUAUGUACCAUUGCAAGGAUCCAAGAGCAUAGAUAGUGAUAGUGAUGAUUCUGAUUAA